GAGGGCGGGGCCAAGACAAGGGGCGGGGCUGCCGAGACCUUGGGCCCGCGAGAGCGAAAAUUUGGGUUCGAUUAAGCCGCAUAGGAAAAGAUCAGGGAAGUCUGGGCCCAUCUGGGCGUCGGAGCCCGCUAGGUCAGCCGUCAUCGAAUACAGAAUAUGUUUUCGAGGACGCUAAUAUAUAGUCAUGACCAAUUUCAGUUCCUCUACUUUCUGCGGGCCGUGGCAAUAAAAAAAAAAACUACAUCUCCCAGAAACCUCCACGAAAAUAAGGCUCACCUUGCGUAACCGCGUAGUCCUUCGCCGCAUUGGGGCAAAAUAAUCCCUUCAUUUUUCUGAAGGGACCGUGGAAAAUAUUUCAUUUUUCUCCUCACCGGAGCAAUUGUAAAUGCUGUGCGGUAAGAGGAGUUACCUGUGGAAAGGUGGUUAAGAGAUUAGGUAAAGAAAAGGAAAGGACACCAAAAUAAAGUGCUGCGGAAGAAUUUUUGUCCAGCUGUGAGACGACGAGUGCGUGAAGUGAAGGCGAUUGAGAGGGGCUGAGGGAAUUGUCCUCUGUGCAAGGGACUUUCUUUAGGCCCCAGGCCCCUUCCUGCCCCUGUCGUCAGCAGAGAGAUGGAAAACUUGAUGACUAGCUCCACCCUACCGCCCCUUUUUGCAGAUGAAGAUGGCUCCAAGGAGAGUAAUGAUCUGGCUACCACUGGGUUAAAUCACCCAGAGGUUCCAUACAGUAGUGGCGCCACAUCAUCCACCAACAAUCCAGAAUUUGUGGAGGAUCUCUCCCAAGGUCAGUUGCUUCAGAGUGAGUCUUCAAAUGCAGCAGAAGGCAAUGAACAGAGGCAUGAAGAUGAGCAACGAAGUAAACGAGGAGGUUGGUCCAAAGGAAGAAAGAGGAAGAAACCUCUUCGAGACAGCAAUGCACCCAAAUCCCCUCUUACAGGAUAUGUUCGGUUCAUGAAUGAGCGUCGAGAACAGCUUCGAGCAAAGAGACCAGAAGUCCCAUUUCCAGAAAUCACAAGGAUGUUAGGCAAUGAAUGGAGUAAACUGCCUCCUGAGGAAAAACAGCGCUACCUUGAUGAAGCAGACAGAGAUAAGGAGCGCUACAUGAAGGAACUGGAACAGUAUCAGAAAACUGAGGCCUACAAGGUCUUCAGUAGGAAAACCCAGGACCGUCAGAAAGGCAAAUCUCAUAGGCAAGAUGCAGCCCGGCAGGCCACUCAUGAUCAUGAGAAAGAAACAGAGGUAAAGGAACGGUCUGUUUUUGACAUCCCUAUAUUUACAGAGGAAUUCUUGAACCAUAGCAAAGCUCGGGAGGCAGAGCUCCGCCAGCUUCGCAAAUCCAACAUGGAGUUUGAGGAGAGGAAUGCAGCCCUGCAAAAGCACGUGGAGAGCAUGCGCACAGCAGUGGAGAAGCUGGAGGUGGAUGUGAUCCAGGAGCGGAGCCGCAACACAGUCUUACAGCAGCACCUGGAGACCCUGCGGCAGGUGCUGACCAGCAGCUUUGCCAGCAUGCCCUUGCCUGGAAGUGGAGAGACACCUACAGUGGACACCAUUGACUCAUAUAUGAACAGACUGCACAGUAUUAUUUUAGCUAAUCCCCAAGACAAUGAAAACUUCAUAGCUACAGUUCGAGAAGUUGUGAACAGACUUGAUCGUUAGGGAAUGGUCUUAGAGCUCCAAGAUGUUCCAUAAGUGUUUUUACUUGUAAGGAAUGAGAAGCCAUCCAUGGAAAUUUGAACUGAGUUGGGGUGGAGAAAGAGUGCAGAUCCCUUUGCUUGUGAAAGAAUUUUCAGUGAGUGAAAGGCCGUCACCCCAGGAAGCCAUAUGAGGGAGCAGCAACAUGUAUAUGAGCUUCCUGUGGAAUUGUCCUUCUGUGAAACUUUGAAGGUAUGCAGCCACUCUCCCAGGUCUUCAGGUUCCUACCAUUUCCAUUUCUGUUAAAGUGGAGCUGCAUAUCUUCAGCUUACUGGGUGACCCUGAUGCUGACAUCUGCUGCUGCAGAAAGGAAGACUUCUCAUGUUGUAAUUUCACUUAGACCCUUUUAUCAGUGGAGCUCCAGUUUUCUUACCUACUUGUCACUUUUUUUAAAUGCCUCUGGGGGUUAUUUUUGCUUUUCUUGGCCCCCACCAAUUUAUACAUCUCCAUUUUCUGACCUCUGAACUUUGUUGCUCAGCAAGGUUCUGAAGGAGAGUUUCUUGCAUUAGACAGGUCCAAUCUUCUCCCAUCAUUGCCCUGCUGUGACUCCAAAGAAAGGAGCUGCUUGUUGAUAGCGCCAUGUGGAGCAAGGCUAUGUUUCCUACCCCACAUGGUGCUCAGUGGGUACCAGUCUUAGUGUGGCUUUGUGAUUGCUGCCCUAAAGGAGAAUGCUUUGUGAUUGCUGCCCUAAAGGAGAAUGCUCUUUCCUUCCUCACUGGUACUGCCUACUGUUUUCUAAGCAUUGCUCCUGCACAGACAUGGAGUCCCAGCCCCAGCAAGGCUCUUCUGUUCCCAUCCAUUGACAAUGUCUUGUGGAGCAUUUUUGCUGAGGAAAAGGUCACUUGUAAACAGAGGAGAAAGGGAAAGAGUACAAAGGGCCAAAGUUUAUUGUAAGUGAAAACUGAGGGAAUUCCUGUCUUCUUUAGGAGUAAUGAUUCAUGGAUCUAAAUAGGUGGAAAUAUCAUUCAAAAUAGUCACUUGAGCUCACAAAAAAAGCAAGGAAGAAUUCUCAUGUCCUUUGUCUUCCUUCUGUAGCGAUGAACUGCUGAUCCAUGUGAAGAAGACAGGCUUCCCUUCCUUCUCCCUCCUUAGUGAUUUUUUUCAUUUAACAGCAUAAGUAAAGAGGACUUUCUGGUUCAUUUUUUUGUUUGUUUGUUUUGUUUUGUUUAGAGAUGAGGUCUCGCUGUGUUGCCCAGGCUGGAGUGCGGUGGCUAUUCACAGAUGCUAUCAUAACACACUACAGCCUCCAACUCUUGGGCUCAAGCAUCACGCCUAGCAGUUUCUGGUUCCUUUAACAGCAAAAGGAAAGAGAGGUUCUGAUUCUUACCUCAGGGUUUUUUGGUUGUUUCUUUGUUUUGUUUUUGUUUUGACACUCUAGCACAAGGCUAAAGGUUAUAGCUGAGAUCUUUGGAACCAAAGCAGAGCAAGCAGAGCCCAUUGUCUGGGCACCACACCACUGCAGGCAGGUGGAUAGAAGUGUGACCCCUCUCACAAUAUGCCCGUAAGUCAGAGUGUAGGGCAGAACUCCCUGUCAAGUUGCUACACCAUCCUGUCUUCUCAGCAUCUCCUUGCCUGUUUUCUUUAUUAGUCCAAAGGAAAACAGCAACAAAAUCUGUUUUUAAAAUGUCUUAUGUGAACAUACAUCAGAUAUCCAUGUGCUGAAACCCACAUACCAUCACUUGGCAAAUUUUUAGAAUAAGACCCCAUUAUUAUCUAUUGCUAUAAACCUAGCCAGCUCUCUUGCUCUUCUGUAUUUUCCUAUUUCCCUGCCAUCAUCUGUAUUUCUGCCGCUUCUCUUAGACUCCUUGUCUGCAAAGUCCAAGCCAGAAUUCACUGUCUAUGGCAGAAGGACAUCCAGAGCCCAUUCUGGAGGUUGGUUUCUUCCUUCUGCCAGAUGCUUUCUGUCCUCUCUUCCUUCCUCCUCAUAUUUCUGUUACUCAUUUGUGUUCAGUUUUGUGCAGCAUUGUUAGCACUGCUUUUGUGACCAGAAAAGGCCAUAACGUGGUCCAGGAUCAUCAUUCUCCUGACUCUAGAUGGGACACUUGACAGUGACUUGAAACAUUUGCAUAUUCAGGAAUACAUGAGAUCUCAAGAGAGCCUACAGUAUGAAAUCAUUUUCAGAAAAUAAGCAGCUUGCUUUUGAAAUGCUCUCUUUCCCAGUAGCUACUCACCUGCCUCUGGUGGCUGGGAUUCAGAUGCCACAAAACUGUCAGUAUCUGUAGAGCAGGCCUUUGCCACCUCCUCUCUCCUCUGUGCUCAAUGAGGAGGCAGUAAAUGAAGUUACAGGCUAGCACAAUACCUAAUUCAUAUUGCCCAGUACACCUGUAGAUAUUACUGUACUUUAUGUUCUCAAGAAAUAAGCUGUUGCCUGUUCAGUGUUACAGAUUUCUUUGUUUCUUUUUAAUUAAAACAGAAGGAGCAGCUGAGGAAAGGGAGACAAGGUAUUUUAUUUCUGACUAAUUUUAGAAAAAACUUGUGUACAUGUGUUUGGAACUGUUGAAAUGCCAAGUUUUCUGUAUAAGUGUUUUUGUAAUUAAACUUUCAGAUUUUCUUUGUUUUUUAAGAAGUUGAUAUGCUUGUUUGACAUUUGUCUCAUUAAAACUUUUCUAUGUUGAAUUCA